CGCUACUUGAUGUUGUCGGAGCUAAUGAGUUGCGUGACACUUCAAGAAGUUAAAUGAGUGCAACUGCUUGAUCAGCUAAAGCUAUGGAGGACGAGUGGGAGGAGGAGGAGCAGCUGGUUGUGGCGGAGCUGUCUGGGAUGAUCAGCUCGGAUGUAAUCUCCAGUCGGCAGGGCGCGUGUAAGAUCGUGGACAUCGACAGCGAGCAGCCCGUGAUGCAGCUGGGCCACUAUCUGUUCGCCGGAGAGUACGAGGAUGCCAUCGGAACCUGCGUGGUCUUUGAAGAGCACGGUUCAGUUCUUAAAUACAAAUGUCACACCAUCAAGAAGCUAAAGCUUCAGCGGACGUUCCUGUCGGAGAGGAAGGAGGACGAGCCCGUCUCUAACCGGAUAGAGCUGUUGGCUCUCCACGAGGAAGAGUCGUUCGGCAGGAAGAGCGCAGUGUGUCGCUUCCUGGAUCCCAUAGACACUGAUGAUCAGCCUGUGCAAGAAUCUAAAGACUGCGAGGAUGCGGAGACGAGCGACGAGUCAGCGGCUGAGACGGAGACUGAUGCGCUCCUGGAGAACAGCUGCUCUCUACUCACCGACACACAGGAGCGGGACGAGGGCUCUUAAAACACUGCUUUCUGAUCAUCUAUAUACUACUGCAUGUAAAUAUACGCUUUCUGGUGCUUAAUAAAAGUGUUUUUGUA